AUGAGCGAAGACCCGACUAGCUCUGUUCCACAUAUUAGAGUAGACCCAAUUAAGAGCACUAAUCCAUCUACUAGCGGAGACUCACCUGCCACUGUUUCAUCUAUUGGCGAAAAUCCGACUAGCACUGUUCCACCUAUUAGUGAAGACCCGACUAUGAGCACUAAUCCGUCUACAAGUGGAGACUCAACUGCCACUGUUUCAUCUCUUAGCGAAGACUCGACUAGCACUGUUCCACGUAUUAGUGUAGACGCAACUAUGAGCACUAAUCCAUCUACUAGCGGAGACUCACCUGCCACUGUUUCAUCUAUUGGCGAAAACCCGACUAGCACUGUUCCACCUAUUAGUGAAGACCCGACUAUGAGCACUAAUCCGUCUACAAGUGGAGACUCAACUGCCACUGUUUCAUCUCUUAGCGAAGACUCGACUAGCACUGUUCCACGUAUUAGUGUAGACGCAACUAUGAGCACUAAUCCAUCUACUAGCGGAAACUCACCUGCCACUGUUUCAUCUAUUAGCAAAGACCCGACUAGCACUGUUCCACAUAUUAGAGUAGACCCAAUUAAGAGCACUAAUCCAUCUACUAGCGGAGACUCACCUGCCACUGUUUCAUCUAUUGGCGAAAACCCGACUAGCACUGUUCCACAUAUUAGUGAAGACCCGACUACGAGCACUAAUCCGUCUACAAAUGGAGACUCAACUGCCACUGUUUCAUCUCUUAGCGAAGACUCGACUAGCACUGUUCCACGUAUUAGUGUAGACGCAACUAUGAGCAAUAAUCCAUCUACUAGCGGAGACUCAACUACCACUGUUUCAUCUAUUAGCAAAGACCCGACUAGCACUGUUCCACUUAUCAGUGAAGAUCCGACUAUGAGCACUAAUCAAUCUACUACCGGAGACUCGACUGCCACUGUUUCAUCUAUUAGCGAAGACCUGACUAGCACUGUUCCACUUAUUAGUGAAGAUCCGACUAUGAGCACUAAUCAAUCUACUAGCGGAGACUCAACUACCACUGUUUCAUCUAUGAGCGAAGACCCGACUAGCACUGUUCCACAUAUUAGAGUAGACCCAAUUAAGAGCACUAAUCCAUCUACUAGCGGAGACUCACCUGCCACUGUUUCAUCUAUUGGCGAAAACCCGACUAGCACUGUUCCACCUAUUAGUGAAGACCCGACUAUGAGCACUAAUCCGUCUACAAGUGGAGACCCAACUGCCACUGUUUCAUCUCUUAGCGAAGACUCGACUAGCACUGUUCCACGUAUUAGUGUAGACGCAACUAUGAGCACUAAUCCAUCUACUAGCGGAAACUCACCUGCCACUGUUUCAUCUAUUAGCAAAGACCCGACUAGCACUGUUCCACAUAUUAGAGUAGACCCAAUUAAGAGCACUAAUCCAUCUACUAGCGGAGACUCACCUGCCACUGUUUCAUCUAUUGGCGACAACCCGACUAGCACUGUUUCACAUAUUAGUGAAGACCCGACUAUGAGCACUAAUCCGUCUACAAGUGGAGACUCAACUGCCACUGUUUCAUCUCUUAGCGAAGACUCGACUAGCACUGUUCCACGUAUUAGUGUAGACGCAACUAUGAGCACUAAUCCAUCUACUAGCGGGGACUCACCUGCCACUGUUUCAUCUAUUAGCAAAGACCCGACUAGCACUGUUCCACUUAUUAUUGAAGAUCCGACUAUGAGCACUAAUCAAUAUACUACCGGAGACUCGACUGCCACUGUUUCAUCUAUUAGCAAAGACCCGACUAGCACUGUUCUACUUAUUAGUGAAGAUCCGACUAUGAGCACUAAUCAAUCUACUACCGGAGACUCGACUGCCACUGUUUCAUCUAGUAGCGAAGACCUGACUAGCACUGUUCCACUUAUUAGUGAAGAUCCGACUAUGAGCACUAAUCAAUCUACUACCGGAGACUCGACUGCCACUGUUUCAUCUAUUAGCGAAGACCUGACUAGCACUGUUCCACUUAUUGGUGAAGAUCCGACUAUGAGCACUAAUCAAUCUACUAGCGGAGACUCAACUACCACUGUUUCAUCUAUGAGCGAAGACCCGACUAGCACUGUUCCACAUAUUAGAGUAGACCCAAUUAAGAGCACUAAUCCAUCUACUAGCGGAGACUCACCUGCCACUGUUUCAUCUAUUGGCGAAAACCCGACUAGCACUGUUCCACCUAUUAGUGAAGACCCGACUAUGAGCACUAAUCCGUCUACAAGUGGAGACUCAACUGCCACUGUUUCAUCUCUUAGCGAAGACUCGACUAGCACUGUUCCACGUAUUAGUGUAGACGCAACUAUGAGCACUAAUCCAUCUACUAGCGGAAACUCACCUGCCACUGUUUCAUCUAUUAGCAAAGACCCGACUAGCACUGUUCCACAUAUUAGAGUAGACCCAAUUAAGAGCACUAAUCCAUCUACUAGCGGAGACUCACCUGCCACUGUUUCAUCUAUUGGCGAAAACCCGACUAGCACUGUUUCACAUAUUAGUGAAGACCCGACUAUGAGCACUAAUCCGUCUACAAGUGGAGACUCAACUGCCACUGUUUCAUCUCUUAGCGAAGACUCGACUAGCACUGUUCCACGUAUUAGUGUAGACGCAACUAUGAGCACUAAUCCAUCUACUAGCGGGGACUCACCUGCCACUGUUUCAUCUAUUAGCAAAGACCCGACUAGCACUGUUCCACUUAUUAUUGAAGAUCCGACUAUGAGCACUAAUCAAUAUACUACCGGAGACUCGACUGCCACUGUUUCAUCUAUUAGCAAAGACCCGACUAGCACUGUUCCACUUAUUAGUGAAGAUCCGACUAUGAGCACUAAUCAAUCUACUACCGGAGACUCGACUGCCACUGUUUCAUCUAGUAGCGAAGACCUGACUAGCACUGUUCCACUUAUUAGUGAAGAUCCGACUAUGAGCACUAAUCAAUCUACUACCGGAGACUCGACUGCCACUGUUUCAUCUAUUGGCGAACACCCGACUAGCACUGGUCCACGUAUUAGUGUAGACGCAACUAUGAGCACUAAUCCGUCUACAAGUGGAGACUCAACUGCCACUGUUUCAUCUAUUAGCGAAGACCCAACUAGCACUGUUUCACAUGUUAGUGAAGACCCGACUAUGAGCACUAAUCCAUCUACUAGCGGAGACUCAACUACCACUGUUUCAUCUCUUAGCGAAGACUCGACUAGCACUGUUCCACGUAUUAGUGUAGACGCAACUAUGAGCACUAAUCCAUCUACUAGCGGGUACUCACCUGCCACUGUUUCAUCUAUUAGCAAAGACCCGACUAGCACUGUUCCACUUAUUAGUGAAGAUCCGACUAUGAACACUAAUCCAUCUACUACCGGAGACUCGACUGCCACUGUUUCAUCUAUUAGCGAAGACCUGACUAGCACUGUUCCACAUAUUAGUGAAGACCCCACUAUGAGCACUAAUCCGACUACAAGUGGAGACUCAACUGCCACUGUUUCAUCUAUUAGCGAAGACCCAACUAGCACUGUUUCACAUGUUAGUGAAGACCCGACUAUGAGCACUAAUCCGUCUACAAGUGGAGACUCAACUGCCACUGUUUCAUCUAUUAGCGAAGACCCAACUAGCACUGUUUCACAUGUUAGUGAAGACCCGACUUUGAGCACUAAUCCAUCUACUAGCGGAGACUCGAUUGCCACUGUUUCAUCUCUUAGCGAAAACCCGAGUAGAACUGUUCCACAUAUUAGUGUAGACGCAACUAUGAGCACUAAUCCGUCUACAAGUGGAGACUCAACUGCCACUGUUUCAUCUAUUAGCGAAGACCCAACUAGCACUGUUUCACAUGUUAGUGAAGACCCGACUAUGAGCACUAAUCCAUCUACUAGCGGAGACUCAACUACCACUGUUUCAUCUAUGAGCGAAGACCCGACUAGCACUGUUCCACAUAUUAGAGUAGACCCAAUUAAGAGCACUAAUCCAUCUACUAGCGGAGACUCACCUGCCACUGUUUCAUCUAUUGGCGAAAACCCGACUAGCACUGUUCCACAUGUUAGUGAAGACCCGACUUUGAGCACUAAUCCAUCUACUAGCGGAGACUCGAUUGCCACUGUUUCAUCUCUUAGCGAAGACCAGACUAGCAUUGUUCCACAUAUUAGUGUAGACGCAACUAUGAGCUCUAAUCCAUCUACUAGCGGAGACUCACCUGCCACUGUUUCAUCUAUUAGCAAAGACCCGACUAGCACUGUUCCACAUAUAAGUGAAGACCCAACUAUGGGCGCUAAUCCAUCUACUAGUGUAGAUUCAACUGCCACUGUUUCACAUCCUAGCCAAAAUCCGACUUCGAGCACUAUUCCACCUACCAGAGAAGACUGCAUUGUCUCAUCCGUUACCAUCCAGGCUUAUGCUGAUGAUACAGUCAUCGUCUUCGAUGGGGACUCUUGGGAGGCGGUGUUCGAGAGUGCUAAUGCAGGACUUAGCAAGAUAUCCUCCUGGUUGAAAUCAAACCUUCUAACAUUAAAUGUCAAUAAAACAAACUACAGAGAUUUGGAAGCUGUGCAAGGCCUUCUGAAAGCGAUCAAGGAUGCUGUCUCCGGUGCUCUCGGAAAAGACGUGGACAUUGCUUUGCCUACUUUUGACCCUGCUACAAGCGACAGUGGAGCAGAGUCCUGGUACACCUAUAAUGAUGUAAAUGUUAAAAUUUAA